AUGACAAUAGAUAACCUCCAGGAGGCUUCCAAUUUGAACCAAGAAAGGGGCAGUAGCGUAAUUGGUGAAAGCGACUCCAUCUCUGAGAGGGACCAUGAUGAUAAUAUGGCGGAGACAGUUGAGGUAACUCCGCCAAAAGAGGUCAAUGGUUACAUACUAAAAGAAGCCGGGGAGACAAUGUCUCAACAAGAUAAAAGCACGGUUACAGUGAUUGCGACGAAAGCAGAAGAUGAUGAUGAUGAUGAUAAUGAAGUUGAUAGUGAAGAAGAUGAUGGUGAGGAAGAUGAGAAUGAUGAUGAAGAUGACGACGAGCCACCUCUUCUGAAGUACACAAGAAUCAAUCAACUCCCGAAAAACUUCUUUCAAAGGGAUUCAAUCUCUUCGUGUUUAUUUGGUGAUGCUUUUUUCGCAUUUGGUACACAUUCAGGUAUUCUACAUUUAACCACAUGCACAUUCGAGCCUAUCAAGACAAUCAAAUGCCAUAGGUCUUCGAUACUAUGUAUUAAUACCGACGGCAAAUAUUUUGCUACCGGAUCUAUUGACGGUACAGUUAUAAUCGGAUCCAUUGAUGAUCCGCAGAACAUUACACAAUACGAUUUUAAAAGACCUAUAAAUUCUGUAGCAUUGCAUUCUAAUUACCAAGCGUCAAAGAUGUUCGUUUCUGGUGGAAUGGCUGGCGAUGUGGUGCUAUCUCAAAGGAACUGGCUAGGCAAUAGGAUUGAUAUUGUUCUGAAUAAGAAGAAAAAGGAAAAAACCAGGAAAGAUGAUCAAUUUUCUGACGCUAGAGGCCCUAUAAUGGGGAUAUACAUUAUGGGUGACCUUAUCUUAUGGAUGGAUGAUGAUGGCAUUACAUUUUGUGACAUUCCAACAAGGUCACAGCUCCUCAACAUUCCAUUCCCUUCAACGAUUUUCAAUGUUCAAAAUGUGAGAUCAGACCUGUUCAGACCGCACGUUCAUUUCUUAGAAAGUGAUCGAAUUAUCAUCGGAUGGGGAUCCAACAUUUGGCUCUUUAAAGUUUCUUUUACUAAAGAUUCAAAUUCGUACAAAUUCAGCGAUUCCAACUCUCAAAACAACAAUAUGGGUCAUUUCAACCCUACUACAAAUAUAGGCUCUCUAUUAUCUAGUGCUGCCUCAAGCUUUAGAGGAUCACCAGAUAAAAAAGUGGAGUUGGAAUGCAAUUUCACUGUAUCAAUGCUCAUUGCUGGGUUAGCGUCUUUUAAGGAUAACCAAUUAUUAUGUCUUGGAUUUGAUUUAGAUGUCGAAGAUGACGUAGGUGUUGAUAAAAAUAACAAGGGCCUGGAUUUAGCUAACCAGCAAAAAAACUUAUUGUUCAAGGGGAACGCUCCGGAAUUAAAAAUCGUUGAUCUUUUUAAUGGUGAUGAAAUAUAUAAUGAUGAAGUCAUCAUGAAAAACUACGAAAAAUUAUCUUUGAACGAUUAUCACCUGGGUAAACAUAUAGAUGAAACAACACCAGAAUACUAUUUGAUAAGUUCUAAUGACGCUAUCAGGGUCCAAGAAUUGUCACUAAAAGAUCAUUUUGAUUGGUUCAUAGAAAGGAAACAAUUUUACAAAGCUUGGAAGAUCGGUAAAUAUGUCAUCGGAUCAGAAGAAAGAUUUGGUAUAGGAUUAACCUUCUUAAACAAUCUGGUAGCCAAAAAGGAUUGGAGUACAUUGAUCAAUCACUUGAACAUUAUUUUUGAAGAAACUUUAAACUCAUUUGAUUCUAACUCAUAUGACGCCACUAAUAAAGUGCUGCAAGAAUGGGCGGAUACCAUAGAAGUUUUGAUCAAAUCGGGAAAAAUUAUAGAAAUCGCUCCCUUAAUUCCCAAGAAGCCUGCUUUAAGAAAAUCAGUAUAUGACGACGUGCUACAUCACUUCUUGGCCAAAGAUAUGAUCAAUAAGUUUCAUGAGUAUAUUAAUAAAUGGGAUCUAAAGCUUUUUUCUGUUGAUAAUUUUGAGGAGGAGUUAGAAACAAAGAUAGAGACCGCAAAUGAGCCCGUAGCUACACAUAGUGAUGGAGAGUUCCAUAUUACUUAUAGAACAGAGUUAGUCCAUCUAUAUUUGAAAGAGAAUAAAUAUACGAAGGCUAUACCACACUUAUUGAAAGCUAAAGAUUUACGAGCUUUAACUAUUAUAAAAGUACAAAAUUUGUUGCCGCAAUACCUAGAUCAAAUAGUGAAUAUCAUUCUUCUCCCAUACAGGGGCAAGAUUUCUAAUAUUUCUAAACUAUCAAUAUUUGAAAUUCAAACAAUUUUCAACAAACCAAUCGACUUGUUAUUUGAGAAUAGGCACACCAUACCCAUCGAUAGAAUAUACAGAAUAUUUGAGCAUGACUGUCCAAGGUCUUUCAACAAGAUUUUAUUUUGUUAUUUAAUGAAAUUUUUAGACAACGAUGACUCCUUCAUGCUCAAUCCCUAUGAAAAUCAGCUAAUUGAACUUUAUUCUGAAUAUGACCAACAAAGCCUAUUGCCUUUUUUACAAAAGCACAAUAACUAUAAUGUGGAGACUGCGAUCGAAGUUUGUUCCUCAAAACCUGGCCUAUACAAUGAAUUGAUAUACUUGUGGGGAAAAAUCGGUGAAACAAAGAAAGCAUUAUCUUUAAUCAUUGAUGAACUGCAGAAUCCACAAUUGGCCAUUGAUUUUGUUAAGAACUGGGGUGAUUCGGACCUUUGGGAAUUUAUGAUUAACUAUAGUCUAGAUAAACCUAAUUUCACCAGGGCCAUUUUAACAUGUCCUGAUGAUACAAGUGAGAUUUACUUGAAGGUUAUCAAACGCAUGUCGAACGAUUUAAAAAUUGACAAUCUGCAUGAAAUAAUCAGGCAUAUUGUCCAAGAGAACUCAUUAAGCUUAGAGGUGAGGGACAAUAUAUUGGUGAUCAUUAAUGAUGAAACGAAGAAAUUUGCCAAUGAAUUCUUGAAAAUAAGAAGUCAAGGUAAAUUAUUUCAAGUAGAUGAAAGUGACAGUGAAACCAUUGAUGACUUCUAG